AAUGGACAAAUAAAGAUUGAGAAUAACUUGGCAAUCAAGUGAUUGGAGUUUUAGUAGACAAAAGAAGCUACAAGAAUUGUAACACACUUAAUCAACAUUGAGAUUUUAACAUUAAAGAAUCAAAACAGAACCUAAAGAAACACUUAAAAAAAUUUCUCACCCUCCUAAUUUUCAUGAAUAUGUACAAUAAAUUGAAAAAAAAUACCGGAUACAGAAUUUGAGUAAACCUAAAAGAAAGACAGGUAAUGUAAGAAGUCUCAUUUAAAUUUGUUCCACUAAGUCUCUUGUUCUAUAUGAAUCGUUACCUAAUCUUCCAUAAAUCAAUUGACAG